CACUCACAUCCACUUUCUGUUCCCCCGUGCCUAUAGUGCUCAUUCCCUCAUCCUCCACUCCCUACUCCCACUUCAACAAUUCAACCCGUGACUCCCACUUCAAGAAUUCAACCCGUGACUGCAUUUCCAGAUCACUACCUUCCAAAAUCAGUGGAAUCACUCAGGAUUUCUUAUGCAAAAGAGUCUCAGUGGAUUACUUUCUUUUCGUCUUAAUUCAUACAACUAAUUCUGCCCAUACGUUCUUGAUUCCGGCCUUAUUAUGCAGCACAGAAAACCUAUAAAAUCCCCACUCCCACCCAUUUUGGCCCCUCCAACGAACAGUCCCAAGCAAUUUCAGAAAUUGAAAUUCAUUCUCAUUUCUAUGGCUGCUCUUCUUUCUUUCGUUCUCAUCUCUCUUCUCCUCUUCUUUACCAUCUCCUCCGCCUCCCGCCACCACAAGUCCACCAAGACCGACAAUCUACCUACUGGGUAUGACAUUAUUAAGGAAGCCUGCAAGGCCUCACGCGACCCUUCCACAUGCCAAGCCUCGUUGUCCCAGUCGGCCCAUGUGCCUUCGAAUGCUAAUGUUGUGGAAGUAAUCCAAUCCGCCUUGUGGGUUUCGUCGCAGAAUCUUAACAAGGGUCGAGGGAUGGUUCAGGAUAUCCUGGACGCGUCAGCAGCUAAUCAGAACCGCUCCAAUGCAGCGAAGAAUUGCCUGGAGUUGCUGCGUUACUCCGAGUAUCGGAUGAAUUUGGUGGGCGACGCUCUGCCGCUUGGAAAGAUGAAGGACGCGCGUGCCUGGAUGAGCGCGGCGCUGGUGUAUCAGUAUGACUGUUGGUCGGCGCUCAAGUAUGUGAACGACACGUCACUGGUGGACAAAACGAUGGCCUUCUUCUACUCUUCAUUACUGGGGUCCAGCAGCAACGCGCUGGGAAUGAUGGUAAAUUAUGAUAUCUUCGGUGAGAAAACUGGGUCUUGGGUCCCGCCCAAGACGGAGCGCGACGGAUUCUGGGAACCCGUAUCAGACUCUCCCUCCACCGUAUCAAUGGGGAGCGUGCCGUUGGGGCUGAAGGCGGACGCAACGGUGUGCAAGGGCAGCGAUGGAUGCGACUACGAGACAGUGCAGCAGGCGGUCAAUGCUGCCCCAGAUAAUGCCGGGUUGGGUAGUCGGUUCGUGAUAUAUAUCAAGGCCGGGGUUUAUGAGGAGACGGUUCGGGUUCCCUUGGAGAAGAAGAAUGUGGUGUUCUUGGGUGAUGGCAUGGGCAAAACGAUCAUUACAGGGUCUAUGAAUGUGGGCCAGCAGGGUGUGUCCACCUACAACUCCGCCACAGUAGGUGUUGUCGGCGAUGGAUUUAUGGCUAGCGGUCUCACUAUCCAGAAUACGGCAGGCCCUGAUGCACAUCAAGCAGUUGCUUUCCGGUCAGAUAGCGAUCUUUCUGUGAUAGAAAAUUGUGAAUUUGUUGGCAAUCAAGACACCCUUUACGCCCACAGCCUACGUCAGUACUACAAGUCAUGCCGAAUCCAAGGCAAUGUUGAUUUCAUAUUUGGAAAUUCAGCUGCAUUCUUCCAAGACUGUCUCAUACUUGUUGCCCCCCGGCAGCUGAAACCAGAAAAGGGUGAAAACAAUGCUGUGACGGCCCAUGGCAGAAUAGAUCCUGCCCAGUCAACAGGAUUUGUCUUUCAGAACUGUGUGAUUAACGGCACUGAUACAUACAUGGCUUUGUAUUAUAGUAAACCCAGUGUGCAUAAGAAUUUCCUCGGUAGGCCAUGGAAAGAGUAUUCUAGGACGGUGUUCAUUCACUGUACCUUGGAGGCUCUUAUUACACCAGGCGGAUGGAUGCCUUGGAGUGGUGAUUUUGCAUUGAAGACCCUAUAUUACGGUGAAUUCGAGAACACUGGGGCCGGAUCCAAUACAUCCAACCGAGUAAGCUGGAGCAGCCGGAUUCCAGCUCAGCAUGCUUAUUCAUACUCGGUUCAGAAUUUCAUCCAAGGCGAUCAAUGGAUUCCAGUAUCGUCCUGAUCACUCUAGAGUAAGACUAUUGUAAUAGAAAAGAUUAGGCAGUCUUGUAAUCAUCAAUUAAUUUUACCAAAGAAAUAAUUGCAGAAAUUUGAGGUUGUGAUUGUCCCAAGUUAUCACAAGGUUUCUCGCAAAAAACUUACCAAAGAAUGUUAGUACCUGAUACAGCUGAAGAUCCUGCUUCUUACAAUGCUUAGGUUUUGCUACUUCUGCUCCAUUCUGCUGUUGCCUGCCAACUCUGCAGUAGAUAUGUAUGAGCCUGGUCAUGAGUCAUGAGCUGAGCAAUGUGACCUUACAUUCAGAUUCAACGAUCUACUAGGGAUAAAAUUGUAUUUUUUCUAAUACUUUACAAACGUUGGAGAGUUGAUACUUUACAAAGGCAUUCCUUUGUCUUAGGUCAUCCUGGUUAUUUCCUUGUG